GACCCAUCAAAUGCCACAGGAUGAUGUUGACCUAAGGUCAAAGGUUACUCGCUAGAGCUGAGAUUCUCGCUACAUUUCCUUCCGAAUAUUUCUUCAGGAACUCACCAAAGCAGUGAAACGUCUUGGUGCUCCUUGUUCCCCAUGCUAGCCUGCCAUGCCAGCAGGAUGACAUCUAAAAUGAAGCGCACAUACAACUACCCAGCCCUCUCCUCCAAACUACAACAUCAUCUCAACGCACAGAGGCGGUCAGGACAAUUCUGUGACAUCACGUUAAAACUCCCGGAUGCAGAGUUCCAUGUGCACCGGUGUGUGUUUGCCACCUUUUCUCCUUACUUUGCAUCACUGCCAAAUGCAGGCACCAGAGCCAUUGUUGAACUCUCAACUCUCACAAAGGCUGGGGUUGAACCUCUUGUUGAAAUGAUGUACACUUCCAAGUUAGCUUUAACAGAGGACAACAUCUACUAUGUGUCAUAUGCAGCCGGCUACUUUCACAUUGAUGAAACAGCUGAGAACUGUCAGAAUUUCCUUAAAGAGUUGCAGGGGAAACAGUCAAGUCGUCGAGGAAGAGGUGGAAGAAACGGUAACCAGACUGAGGUCAGAGAAAGAUCAAGUUCAUCUGAAGACCUUGCAGGUGAUGUUGUGUUCUCUCCCACAAUGCAAGGCCAGGAAGAAGUGACGACGACCCAAGAAAGUUCUGACACUCCUGACGUUAUAGUUAAGGAGGAGCCAAGAGACCCAACUCAACCUGUGACAGUCUGGAACGUAGACGAUGACCAAAGGGACAGCAGUUACACAGAUGUUGCACAGAACACGCAGGUGGCAGACAGUUACCACCAACUGCAGUACAAUCCUCUCAUGACAUCAUCGCCCAACAUGUAUCUGGUACCAAGUCAGGAUGGCACCGUACGAUAUCAGAAUGGCAUGGACUGGCAGGUGGGUGAUAACACAACUCUCGCUAGCGCCAGCCAUACUGACAGUUUCACAUUCAUGGACAACAGCAGCUCAACAGAACGGUUCAGCUGCACGGUGUGUCCGAUGUCCUUCACAAAGUUGUCUGCUUUGAAGCGCCACCUAUCGACCCAUGCAGGACAGCAGCCUUACCAGUGCAGCAUCUGUUCCACGCGGUUCCGUCGUAUCUCCUACCUGAAGAACCACAUGAUCAUCCACACCGGGGAGAAGCCGUACAAAUGUAACCUCUGCAGCGCCAAGUUCUCCCAAAGGGCGACGCUGUUUCGCCACCGUGCGGUACAUAACAAAGAAAGACCGUACCAGUGUACAUCGUGUCCUAUGAAGUUUAAUCAGCGGUCCAGUCUUGUGCGCCACAUGCUGUCCCACAACAGGGAGAUGCCAUUCUCCUGUAAUCAGUGUCAUGACAAGUUCACCAGUGAAGAAACAUUGAAAGAACAUAUCAUAAAAGUCCAUAUUGGGGACUUUCCAUUUGAAGUUAACUCAGUGGAUCCCAAUGUUAACCAAAAUCCCAGUGGCCAAGAUCAGGUCCCUUCAACUAGUCAUGAAAACACAUGAAGAUAAUGUACUUUAUGUAUAGGUGGUAAUAAUGUCAAGAAGUUAGUUGCUGUUUUGUAUUUUUUUUGGUUAUGUAAAUCAUAUGUUCUGUGAAACUGACAUUAUUUGUUUGCCCUGAAUCAGGAGCAUUGUAAUUUUUCAUGCAUGUAAUGGCAGUCUUGUAUUUUUCACUGUUACACAAGUGUGACCUAUCAUUUUUAUCUUGCUAGAAAUGGUAUGAGACUAUAAGUUUGUAUCAUAUUGGAGCUUCUUUAGGAAUGGCUGUGCUGGGCGGGGUUGUCAAGAAUAUUAUCACAAAGGCGCCCCCUGUUGGACCUGUUGUGCAUGGCAUGCGCGAAACCUUGGUGAGGAAGUUGGAUCAAAGUUUAUCACAGCAAAGUUAGGCCUAGUUCCCAGUUCCUGCUUGUGUUAAACUUAAUCAAAAUUUCCUCAAAGUUUGAUAUCCAAACCUAUAAUAGCUUUAGAUUUUCUUCUGUCUUUUCAACAAUGGGGAGGAUAGAAGAGACCUUAAAGCCAUUAUAGGUUUUGAUACCAGGCUUCCUCAAACUUCAUUUACCAUGUAUUUUAAAGACACGCAAUAAAGCAACAAAUCUUGCCAAAAACGUAAAUAUGUCACAGAGCUUUCAAAUCAUGAUUUUCAAAAUGUUGUUUUUCGUCGUCAACAUUGUGAAGGAUAAUUGUUUGAUGUGAAAUGAU